GUAGCCAAUCAGCGCUGAGCUGGGAGGGAGUUUGCGCUCACACUGGAAACUGCCUGGUGAAUUUCUACUACUAACGUCAAACCGCUCAGGGUCCGCUGAAGAGUCGAGCCCGCUGAAAGCCCGGGGAUGGAAAAUGUACGAUAAGCUGUGUCUGAAAACUCCGUGCAGAUUGCUGUGACGUUCUGAGUGAAGAUGGCAUUAUUUCAGAACAACUUCUGGGGGGAGAAGAAUGCCGGCUUUGAUGUGCUCUACCACAACAUGAAACAUGGCCAGCUGGCAACCAAGGAACUCGCCGAGUUUGUCCGAGAGAGGGCUGCUAUCGAGGAGACUUACUCUAAGUCAAUGAGUAAACUAGCUAAAAUGGCCAGCAAUGGAAGUCCACAAGGGACUUUUGCUCCCAUGUGGGAUGUUUUCAGGGUGUCUUCAGACAAACUUGCCCUCUGCCACCUCGAGCUGAUGAAGAAGUUCAACGAUCUCAUCCGCGAUAUCAACAAGUACGCAGACGAGCAGGUCAAAAUACACCGCAAGACUAAGGAGGAGAUGGUGGGGACGGUGGAGGCGGUGCAGGUGCUUCAGGUUCAGAGCGGACAGCUUCAGAAGUCCAAGGAGGGUUACCACGCCAAAUGUUUAGAGCUGGAUCGACUCAGGAAGGAGGGAGGUCCUCAGAAAGAGCUGGAGAAGGCGGAGCUGAAGUCAAAGAAAGCAGCCGAGUCGUUCGCGCUGUGCAUCGAGAAGUACAACCGCGUGGGAGGAGAGUUUGAGCAGAAGAUGAGCGAGUCCGCCCAGGUCAGCUCCGACUCCAGCUGGUGUGUCAUAUUUUUCAGCUGUAUUAUUCCCACUAAUGGAAAGCUCUCAGUGCGCGCAGGCCGGAGUGCUCAGUUACACCGUGUGACAAAACACUGCUUUGUGUCAGAUAUCAGCCGCUUGUCUCUGAUCCAGCUGCUGUCUGCCUCCCUCUCUCCCUCCUCUGUGCGCGUAUGUUCCCAUUCAUUCCCGCAGAAUUCCCCCCUGGAAGUAGACGACGAAGGAUUCGUCAUCCGAGCUGACAGCACUCAGAAUGGCUGCUCCGAGGAGAAGGAGACCAACUUUUACUCCAGCGAUUCAGACUUUGAUGACGAAGAGCCCAAGAAGUUCCACAUUCAGAUCCGACCGGUGGCCAGCAGCAACCGCAGCAGCUCCGUUGCCACAGAGAAGGAGCUCAAAGCUACCGUGGGGGCGCUUACGCUGCCACCCAACAGAGGGCCGAAGCAGCAGGUCAAGCGACAUCUCUCCCGAAACUCGAGUACCGCAGGAGGCCGAUCAGAAGACGGGGACGCUGCCUCCCGCAGGGGUGAGUCUUUCAGUAUCCAGACAUCCAGUCCUUUAUUUAGUCAGGGGUCGGCAACCCUGGACGCGCACCGGCUACCGGGCAAAUGCCGGAUGUUUUCUUUAUCGUUUCUUCGCUACAUCAGGUUGAGCUCGACAGCGUCGGGCUCGGACAGUCUGUUUGGACCGCCGCUGGAAUCGGCCUUCAAGUCCAAAAGCUUCGACAGCCGGGACCAACUCAGAGAGCGGAGCGCGUUUGGAGCGUCUGAAUAUGCUGCUUUCUCCUCCGACUCCUCGUCUCCGGAGAAUGUUGAGGACUCUGGCCUCGACUCACCCUCCCAUCAGCCCCUCGGACCCUCCCCCGAACCAGCAGGCUGGGCGGCCUGGCCUCCUGCAUCGCAGAGUAAAGAGCAAACACGGGGUCGACCGUCGGACCCUUUCCUUUCCGCUUUCCGUGACCACUCCCCCGGACGCAGUCCUCACCCGCAGGAUGACCCUACCGCCGUCUGGUCUGUCGCUCCGUCGCGCCCCUCGCGAGUUCCCCCUGAUAAGGACCCCUCGUCGGUGCGGUUCCCCGCCUUCUCUCAGUCCCUCGCCCCACCAGAGAUGGAGUCAUCAGUGUGGAACUGCAAACACAUCCCACCCGAGGAUCCCUUCCUCGCCGCCUUUGAGAGGACCGUCACCCAGGAGACGUUAAACCUGUCGGACGCCUGGGCGCGCCCUCCGCCUCGCACUGCUCAGGAGGGCAGAGGAAUGGAUCUGCGAGGGGACCCCUUCUCCGUUACCUUAAACGACACCAAGACACUUCCAAGCACUUCCUCUUCCUCUUCAUCCUCCUCGUGCAAUCGGAUAGAGAGGGAGAGGAAGCGGGAUCGCAGCCUCCCGCCUCCCAUUUCUUCCGAUGACCCAUUUGCAAUCACAAUGAUCGGCAGCCCGACGCAUCAGUCGUCGCUGGCGGCAGCUGUUGGGGGGAUCCCUCCACGCGGCGGCAGCGGCGGCUCUGCCGGCGCCACCAGACUUGGAUUCGAUGCCAAUUCGAACACUUUACCGUCAGCUCAGCCAAAGAAGGAGCUAACGCACUGGAACUCGCUCCACAACCCAUUUAGUGAAGGCAACGGCUCCAAAUCACAAGAAGCAAGCGGAAAAGGGGAAGGUGGCGGCGGAGAGAGGAGAAAACACCGAUCAUCGGAAGGUGAGCCGCGCAGGAACGCCCCUCCCCUCACGAGGCAUUCGGGGCCCCAGGAGGAUCUCUGCUUUUCAACAGACAAAGAUCAAGACUGUCUGGAUCUCAGCACACAGAUGUCCUGCAGUGCCAGCUCUCGUAAGGGCUCCAAACAUAACUUCAGACAGGACACAGCCGAAGGCGUCACGGCCGCUCCUGCGAGAGCGACCCGAGCCAAGAGGUCUUCGGGUCGACUCGGUGGCUGUGAGAGAUCGCGGUCCCUGUGUUCCUCUCCACUGCCAGAGCCCAGCCCUUCCCUCACCUCCUCCUCCUCUUCCAGUCCCAGUGAGUGGGGGGGUCAGAACCGAGCUCAGAGCCCUGCCGGGGUGGGACAGGCCUCGCCGCUGCCCUUCCAGCACCAGGACCACCAACAGAGACAGUUGCAUCUGUCCAGAGGCCCCAGUCCCAUAUCGCUCAGCACACAGGAGGCGUGGCCAGUAGCAGCAGCCAUUACUGAAUACAUCAACGCCUACUUCAAAGGUGGACAGCACAAUCGCUGUCUGGUGAAGAUCACAGGUGACCUCACGAUGUCCUUCCCAGCAGGCAUCACUCGUAUUUUCACUGCCAAUCCCAACGUUCCCGUGCUCAGCUUCAGACUGGUCAACAUCUCAAAGAUCGAUCACUUUCUGCCCAAUCAAAAGCUUCUCUACAGGUCAGCCAUCUUUUUGAACGCCGAUGAACGCCGGCUGCUCUGGAAACUGCCCAACCUUUCCCCGACCAACCACAGUAAAGGUCAGGGCUCUGACCUUUCCUUCGUCUCUGUUUUUAACCCCCAUCAAACCAAGAAACCUCGAUUAGUUGAUGCUCGACACCAUUAA